UACAUCUGUUUUGGAUUGUUUGUGUCAUUGGAAACGGUGUGCGCUUGGUGCUGGCUAAACGUCAGAACCAGAACUAUAGCUAUCUCGUUAGCCUUUUGCUAACUUAGUCAGCUAGCUGUUUUUUUUCUAUGGUUACUUUAUGUGUGUGAAUUGUUCAGUAGCCAGCCAGCUGGCUGGUUAUAUAUCUGUCUGUCUGGACUGGCUAGUUCUACUCAAGUGAUUUCCCUUCCUACUGACAAUGUAAACACAGCCUACUGCUCUCGUUGUUAGCUAGCUAACUUUAUUAUUUCUAACACGGUAUACAUUUAGCCAUGCAUAGGAUUUACGUGAGUAGUAAGCGUUCAAUGAUCAAAGACCGUUAUGUCCGUGUCACCUGACUAGUCGUUGCUGGAUGAUUUUAGGGUUGUCAUUCAGUAAACCAUGACUUCCAUAAACAACGGUCUGGACUUCUUACCUAGGGUGUAAUCAUUAGUCCAAACAGUGCAACUAAAACGAGAGUUAAUAUUGGACAAAUUCAGGCUUUCUCCUGGUGUAUAAUGAAGCGGAUGAGGGGUGGGCGUCACACCAAGUUGGGCGUGGCAUGAGACAGGGACACACCGUGGGUGUCACUGCUACCACCCUGCACCCCCCCAUCAACAUGGCCUCCAGCUACCUGCCCCCCUUUGAGGGCACAGGGGAGGUGAAGGAGGGCUUCCUGUGCCCGCUUUGCCUGAAGGACCUGCAGUCAUUCUACCAGCUGCAGGAGCAUUAUGAGGAGGAACACUCUGGGGAUGACAGACAUGUCAGGGGACAGCUCAAGAGUCUAGUCCAGAAGGCUAAGAAAGCCAAAGACAAGCUGCUGAAGAGGGAUGGAGAGGACAAGCCAGAGAUGGACAGCUAUGAGUCCUUCUACUACGGUGGAGUAGACCCCUACAUGUGGGAGCCUCAGGAGCUGGGAGCCACCAGAAGUCAUCUGGACUUCUUCAAGAAGCACAGAGCUGCCAGGAUCGACCACUACGUCAUCGAGGUCAACAAGCUAAUUAUCAGGCUGGAGAAACUGACCUCAUUUGACAGGAUGAACAUAGAUGCAGGCAAGAUUAGAGUGAUUGAGAAGUCUGUUGUGUCGUGGGUGAGUGACUCUGAUGUCCCGUUCUGUCCCGACUGCGGGAACAAGUUCAACCUCCGGAACAGACGACACCACUGCCGUCUCUGUGGCUCCAUCAUGUGUAAGAAGUGCAUGGAGUUUGUGCCCCUGCCUUUGGCUUACAAGCUGACCAGUGGGACAAGGGAGGCCCUGAGUGUUCCAGGCAGCCCGGGCCAGUCUCAGUCCCCUCCAACAGGGGGUGGUGGGGGCAGCAUCAGCGGGAUGGGCUCCAGGAGAGGCAGCAUCAGCAGCCUGAGCAGUGUCACCUCCAUUCUGGAAGAGAAGGACGACGAGAGGAUCCGUUGCUGCUGCCACUGCAUGGACACCCUGAUGAGGAAACAGCAGAAACUGGAGGAGAAGGACCACGUGCCUGACAUCGUCAAGCUCUACGAGAGGCUGAGGCUGUGCAUGGACAAGGUGGACGAGAGAGCUCCAGAGUACAUCAGAAUGGCUGAGUCUCUUAAUGCUGGAGAGACCACCUAUAACCUGGACACGGCUGGUGGACUGAGAAUGGAAGUCCAGAAAUACUACGAACUUAUCGAUGCACUGAGUAAGAGGAUCUUAACACUGGGAAUGAAGGAGGAGCCACAGCCCCAUCCAAAGAAUCUCCAGCUGCAGAGGAUGGUCAGAUACACAGCCACACUGUUUGUCCAGGAGAAGUUACUGGGUCUGAUGUCUCUGCCCACUAAGGACAAGUAUGAGGAGAUGAAGAUGAAGCGGAAGCAGGAGCAGGAGAAGAGGCUCGCCCAGGAAAGACUGGCUGCCCAGAAGAGAAGGCAGGACUCUGAGAAGAACCGCCCAGCCUCUAGCACCAACGGGGAGCCUCCCCAGGCCCCCAGAGUACUCCGCAUGACCAAAGCUGGAGGCUGGCUGCCCUCCUCAGACACCCUCCACACCCACGGGGAGCUGGAAGACCCCAUGCUGCAGCAGAUCGAGAAUAUCCGGUCGUUCCUGCGGCAGGCCAAGGCCGCCCAUAGACAUGACGAGGUGGCCAUGCUGGAGGAGAACCUCAGGCAGCUUCAGGAUGAGUACGACCAGCAGCAGACCCACCUGGCCAUCACUCUGUCCCAGAGACUGGCCCAGGAGGAGCUGCAGCACCUGGAGGACAGGGAGAGGGGGAAGAUGAAGCACAGGGCUCAGAGCCAAGCCCCAGGAUCCACUCAGGCCACAUACACCUGGCAGGGCUCACUGAACCUAACUGAUACAGGAAGCCUCCAUAGGGACGGGGAGGAAGAGAACAAGGAGGAAGAGUUGACCCCUAAAGCAGAGAGGAGCCCCCCGUCCAUGAGGGCCUUCCCUGCCCUGACGGACCAGGAUGAGGAGUCGCCCCAGUGGCUGGGGGGAGAUGUAGAGGGACAGAACAGCGCCUCCUUCAACCCCUUUAAGGAGGAAGACUCCACCACGGUGGAGGAGGAUCUGUCCAACCCGUUCUCUGAGGAGAUCCAGAAGGAGCACAAGGAGGUAGCUAACGGGAAGAAGGAGUACAACCCGUUUGAGGAGGAAGAGGAGGGCGGGGUGCAAGUGCAGGCUGAUGGCGUCACAGGCAACCCUUUCGAAGAGGAGGAGGAGGAGAACGAUGAAGGUAACCCUUUUAAAGAGGCUUCUGGGAUUACCCUGCCGGGAGCCUCGACCAAUCCCUUUGAAGAGGAGGGUGAGGCAGCAAUGCCAGACGUUGACCUGAUCGAGGAGGAGUUGCUGCUGCAGCAGAUCGAUAACAUUCGGGCGUACAUCUUCGACGCCAAGCUCAACGGGAGGCUGGAUGAGGUGGAGCUGCUGUCAGAGAACCUGAGAGAGCUGCAGCACACCCUGCAGGAACAGAAGCUUAAGACACACUGACAGAGACACUACCUCUGUCUCUACUUUUCUCAUCCUCCAUGCCAUCACCUGAUUCUUACAACAGGGCUGCCCACCCAGGGUGCCCACCUAGAAGCUAAUCCGGAGACUCUACAGUAGUUCCCUUUAAAGCUGGGAUCCGCAAAAGGCGAAACAUCACCACUGGUCGCCCCAGGUGCAUUUGUUAUUGUUUUUCAAACGGAGGUGAUGAGCAUCCAGUAUCAUGAUAAAAACAGUUUGUAGGACAUACUCUGCUGUUAUAUCCAGAGGAGGCUGGUGGAGGAAGCUAUUGUAAUGGCCGGAAUGGAAUGAUUGGAACGGAGUCAAACGUGGUUUCCAUAUGUUCUGUGUUUGAUAACAUUCCAUUUCAGCAAUUACAAUGAGCCCAUCCUUCUAUAGCUCCUCCCACCAGCCUCCACUGGUUCUAUCUCAUGUGCGAUGAUGUCCGAUGAAAAAAGUGUUUGUUUGAAGUAACGUCUUUUGUUGUUGUAAUAUCGCAAACAGACAUGGCAGUUUCACCGCUAAUGAUUCAAGCUUUAAAUGGCCAAUGAUCUCAUUGAUUCUGGGUUGGUUAAGGUCAGUGUUAGGUGGGUUAAAACAUUUGUGAAGGAACCACCCACCCCCCAUUCCCCUUGGGUAUUAGCCCUCUAGACCAAGGGCCGCAUCUCAAUAGUCUAUACUCCCUCUCCUUGUCCCUUUCCUUCAUCUGUAUUGAUGUGAAUGAACUGCACAGGUGACAGCACCUAGCAUUAUUUAUUUGCUGAUCCUGAUCAUCCUGCCAUGUAAGUGCAGGGUCAAUGAGAGGAGACAAGGAGAGAAAGCAAAACUAUUCCAUUGAGACCCUGCUCAGGGUUAUGCAGCCUAGCACUAAAAGGAGAUGCAUUUAUAUUCAUUUCUUCACUCUUGUACAUACUAAUAACACUCACACUCUAUGAAGGCCUCAUUUAGGAGCCCUGUUGUUUUUGUAAUUCUAUCUGUAUGGUAAGAAGAAGCACAAGGGCAGAGUAAGUCAUCACUUCCAGACAGUUGUGCACAGUCAGCCACAGGAGGUAGGAUCCAAGGGUUCAUAUUUGGGCAACAGAGGCCUGACAUCGUCUGUAGUCCUGCUAUUCAAUACCGAUACCUUAUGUAGAACCAGGGUUGCCUUGAAGGUCGCAAAGUUUUUGGAAAUGUUAUGGUCUUCUUGAACGAAAACGUUCACUCUGAACUGACAGCUGUCGUCGGCACCUGAAUACUAAGCAUUACUAACUUGUUACUGCUACAUUUUGUCUGUCAGAUCUUCACAUGCAUGUUUGAGAUUGUAUGGGAGUGGAACCCCAUUGCCGUUAAGACAUCUUUUCUCUGUCAUCCCUGGGGGUCCAGUGACCGCUAGAAAGAGAAUGUUGAACAAAACAUUAAGCCAUGGUGAGCGAUACCAACAAAAAAACUGUUUUAAAAUCCUGCUUUGCUUUCAGGGACUCCUUCUGUUAGCUGGUUAUGUCUAUUGAAUGACUAAGUUGAAGCGCAGGAUAGAUUCAUUUUUUUUGAGUAUGCAUGAUAUCACUGAGACGCUUCUGCAGUGGUCCAAAGUAGGCUAGUCUCUCUCCCUGCACUGUGUUCUCCUCCCAACACAGUGGAGACUAAUCCUAACCCUGUGUUUUCUCUUUUAGUGCACCAAUGAUGGCAGGGUCAGAAUCUGUCCUGCUCUGAACUUACUUUCUCACCCUGCAAACAUCCAGUUUACUUUCUCAUAUGCCAACUUAACUACAGUGUGUAUUUAUGCAACUGGUUCAACCAAGUCUCUUAACUGCACUUACCAAUUAACACACAACACCGUUGUUGCACUGGAGAUGUUUAGGUCUGAGGCACAGGAUAAUAGGUUACUUUACCCAGAAUGCUCCAUCUGUCACAUCAUCAGCCUUCUACUCUGUAUUCAUAAAGUCUUGGCAAAACUUACAUCUAGUUUCCCUCUUUGGAUUCUUGAUUUCUCAUUGGUAAUGAAAAAACACUAAACCGAUUCAAUGCUACCUAGUAUUAUCACAUACUGUGGCAAACUGUUUCCUGUUGUAUCCAAGUACUAAUUUCCUUGCCUUAAAGUAAACAACAGUACUUGAUAUUAAGUUGAACUAAAGCAGUAUUGUUCGCUGUAGUCUCAUGCACACUCAACAGAACUUUGAAACAUGCAUAAUUUAUUUGUGGCAAAUAUUAAUGAACUGUUGAGCUUUUUCAUAAUGUUGCCUGUUUACCUUUGUCACUGGCUCUGUUUACACAGGCAGCUCAAUUCAGAUUCCCCCCCACUAAUUGGUCUUUUGACAAAUCACAUCAGAUCUUUUCAGAGCUGAUUGACAAAAGACCAAUUAUUGAAACAUCAGAAUUGGGCUGUGUUGAGGCUCCAUCACUCAACACUAAUUAAAGACAUGACCUAUGAAAAAUUGGAA